CUAAUGCUUUGUGAAAGGAGAUUUCUGGUGCAGCUUGUUGGGGGUUCCGCGCAGUGUCAUUAUCGCCACAUCCCCGCUUGCGCGCAUUCAUUGAAAGAACGGAUUGCGAUGUCAAUCGUGGAUAGGAGGAAUGCGCUGAUCUCGGGAACUAUAGAGCAGACACGGGAGGACCUGAAUUAGUGGCAUCGAUGAGCCAAACUGAGAUGGAGAUGUCUGGGGGUCCGGUGGGGGUGACGCGGAGGACUGGGACAGUGAAGAGGACGAUGUGGGGGGGCCUGAGGCAGCAGUGGAAGCUACUGGGCCUGUUUGAGAUUGACCAGCAGCACGAGUUCUACAGCCUCACCUCUAUGAUGAAGGAAGGCCUCUCUGCAGCCGUGCAGACCACCAUCGACAACCCACCACCGGAUGAAUUGUCAGAAGAUGAUUACAGAUUGGAGCUCACUCAAAUACAUAAGGACUUUAAAAUGGAGACGUUUGCAGGGCCAGUGUUUGCCAGCUUGCGUCGCUCCCUGGGGAUGACAGAAAAGGAGUAUCAGCACUCUCUCUCCUCCGAUGGCUCAUACCUGCAGUUCAUCAGCAACUCCAAAAGCAAGGCUGACUUCUUUCUGACGAACGAUAAGUGUUUUUUCCUGAAGACCCAGAAUAAGAGAGAGGUGAAAUUCCUCUUGUCCAAUCUGAGAAUCUACAUGGAGCACUUAGAGAAGUAUCCCCAUUCACUGCUGGUCAAGUUCUUAGGUGUCCACAGGAUAAACAUUUCCCAUAGGAGGAAGAAGUACUUUAUUGUAAUGCAGAGUGUUUUUUAUCCUGACGAUCGAAUCAAUGCCAGGUAUGACAUCAAGGGUUGUGAGGUGAGCCGGUGGACAGACCCAGCCCCUGAGGGUAGCCAGGUUAUUGUUGUCCUCAAGGACUUGAACUUCAAGGGCCAGUAUAUCACUCUGGACCAGCAGCGGCCGUGGCUGCUCCGGCAGGUGGAGAUUGACACGUCGUUCUUGCAGAGACUCAACGUGCUGGACUACAGCCUCCUGGUGGGCCAUCAGCCCCUGCACCAAGACGAACGCCACCAGGGCCUCUCCUUUGCCACCCUUAUCAUGCGCACAAAAAAGUCAGUGAUCACUGGCUCAAGCCCCACCCAUGCGGGCAUGCCCACUGUUCCAGGGGUGGUCCCAGAGGAAGACUCCACGCUGUUGGUGUCAGAGAUGGAUGGCGGGACAGGAAGUUGCAGCAUUGCCGAGUCACGGGGAGCAAGUGACCCGGGCAGUGCCCUUUCCGGGAGAACCUGUACUGAGCAGCCGGCCGGGUCGGUCACAGAUUCGAUGGUGCUCAGGGACUUCCAGGCCCAGAACCGCCGGCUGCUGCCCAACUUCAAGAACCCGCUACACGUCAUUGACGGACCGGAGCAUCGCUACUUUGUGGGCAUCAUUGACAUCUUCACUGUCUACAGCUUCAAGAAGAGGCUGGAGCAUUGGUGGAAGAGACUGCGGCACCCAGGGCAGGCCUUCUCCACCGUCAGCCCCACCUCUUACUGCCUUAGGCUCUGCCAGUGGGUACAGGACCACACCAAGUAGACUCAGAAAAAGGGGAGGACGAGGAUGGUUUGUUCCAGUUGCAGGCUGUCUGCCCAAGAACAAACAUUUGUACACACACAGUAGCAGGCUGUCUGCCCAGGAACACCCGUUUGUACACACACAGUAAGAGCCUGUCUGCCCAGGAACACCCGUUUGUACACACACAGUAGCAGGCUGUCUGCCCAGGAACACCCGUUUGUACACACACAGUAGCAGGCUGUCUGCCCAGGACACCCGUUUGUA